GGCUUCUCCUUCCCGUGCCCAGGCAAAUCCACGCAGUCUGCACACAGCUCGCCUUGCUGUUCACAUGAGCCGGGAGACCCCAGGGAAAGCCAUGGAGAUUUCAGGAUCCUCCUCUCAGCCUCAAGACAGCAGCAAAGUCCUCAGAGAAGCAGAAGAUCUAGAGUAUGGAAAGACAGAAUUCCACAAGCAAGAUGGGCAACCUCGAGAGCAGUAUAAGAGAGACAAGUCUUCCUCCUCCUCUUCAUCCUCCUCCUCUUCCUCUUCGUCAUCUUCCUCUUCCUCUUCCUCAGAGAGCAGUGAUGAGGACCAACACCCCAGACCUCCUAGGAAACGCCCACGGAGCCUGGGGGCUGCGCGCCCCCACGGGGACAGCUCUCCCGAUGCUCACAACCAGGGACCAGAUGUGCUGUUGGACGAGCUUCAGCAGUAUGCAGGUGCUUCCAGGGAAGUGGUACCUGUUGGAGAGUCGGGACUCCGACUAAGAGGUUCUGGCUCUGGCUCAGCAAGUGGAGAAGUGGAGGCUGCUCAGUUAAGAAGGCUGAACAUAAAGAAGGAUGAUGAAUUCUUUCACUUCGUCCUCCUCUGCUUUGCCAUUGGUGCCUUGCUUGUGUGUUAUCACUACUCUGCGGACUGGUUCAUGUCCCUUGGUGUUGGCCUGCUCACUUUCGCCUCCCUGGAGACUGUUGGCAUCUACUUUGGGCUGGUAUACCGGAUCCACAGCGCGCUGCAUGCCUUCGUCCCCCUCUUUCAGAAGCUCAGGCUCUUAGGUUCAGGAAGACCAGCUGAGACUACUGGCUGAUGGCAGCUGAGCUGGGCCCCCAUCUGACCACUGCCGCACCUCUGAGAGCAGGGUGCUGGGAACCACCCGGAGGACAAGCGAGAGCAAUAAAAAGCCUUUUUCUUCCACGUGACCUGAACCUUGGCACCAGCAGAACAUUACUCAGCAGCCUGACACACAGUCCAGCUGCCAGGAGGGAGGUUGGAAGGAGGGAGACCUGGGCCAGCAAGAAGGUGCUAGACACCAUUGUUCUUGAGCAUCAGGAGCACCUGGGUCUGUAGUCUGCCUGGGCUCCAGGCUCUCUCUCACAGCCUCAGGAUAGGCCUGCAAAGCUCACAGGUCCAACAGAACCAACCUGGGAUUGGCAGACAGCCUAUUACCCUGAGGCAGGGAGCCACAAGUGUGGGUCCCCAGUGAACUUGUUGCAGGUAAGACACUGGGGACUGAAACCACAGCCCCAUCACAAAUGACAGCCCUGUUGCCCUGGACUCCUUCAAGAUUCAAAUAAACAGGGGCCUGGAGAGAUGGCUUAGCGGUUAAGGCUCAUACCUUUGAAGCCUAAGGACCCAGGUUCGAUGCUCCAGGUCCCAUG